GCCAUCGCCACUUCCCACCCCCCCUUUCAGUUCUUUCGCCGCAAUUUUCGUCAGUUUCCCCAAGCCGCGAGCAACGGCCUGUCGACCUACGUUAUUCCACACAGCAGCACCCCUUUUUAGCGUGCUUUGAGACAUCUCUAAGAGGGACCACCUCAAUUAACGUGCUCUAAAAGAUUCGUCUAAAUUAGUCACGGUCGUCCGCGAAUGGCGCUGCUAGAGGGCGUGAUCGCCUUCGACAGGUCCGUCGCGUCGCUCCCGUGGACCAGCCGGGAAGCAGUCACCGACCUUUUCCGCGCGCAGCUGAGCGGACAAUCCCCGGAUGCGGGAGAAGGCGGAAGGAACGCGGGCGGGGUUGGGCAAGCAGCAGAAGGGCCAAUAGCGGCGGACGGGGUCGGCGGUGGUAAUGGUAGCGGCGAAAGUGCUAGUAACGGUGUUGGUGUUAGCAGCGAUCGUAUUUAUGGCAGCAGCAGCAGCAGUACUGCGAAACGGGAGGCGAUUAGCGGCAGCAGCGCCACGAACGGCAUAGAAACGUCCGGCGCGAUCGAGGGGAAACAAAGUCCGGAACGUAGUGGAAAUGAGGGUGACAAAGAUAGCGGUAGCACUGACAGUCUUAAAAAUAAAGACAUUCUUAAAGAUAAGGACGGUCUUAAAGAUAAGAACGGCGUUAAAUAUAGUGGCAUGGUGGGCGACGCGGAUGCGGUGGUGGAGUAUUGGAGCGGGCAGAUGAUGGGGCUGCUGGAUGACCUGCGCUCCGUGCGGCUGGGCGGCACUGCGGACAAAACGGGCGGCGCUAAAGACAAGGACAUGCGAUGGAAGCCAUGCGAGCAAGCAGUCGAGUACCGCACGCUGCACCGCCCCGGACCCAAUGGCACGGCCAUCCACACCACGUGCAUCGAGGGCGUCGUGCACGCGCCUGCUGACGCCGCUCUGGCCAUGUCCUGCGACGCGCCCUUCUUCAAGGAAUGGUGGCCCAACAUCACCAUGCCCUCAUACCGCUGCGACGAGUCCAAGUACAUCAAACGACUGGGGGAGAACUUCCACCUCUCCUUCAUGCAUUUCAAGGUGCCAUGGCCGCUACCCCCUCAGGAGUUCGCUCUGAUCUUUGUGACCGUCUACGAUGCGGCCUCUGGCAUGACAGUCACGGUGCUGCGCACGCUACCCGAGGACCCUGCCUCAGCUGACUUCACCAACCUCGGCUACUCGCAGGAGGACGCCCCUCCCCCCCUUCCUGGCCACAUGCGCAUGGGGAUCGGCGGGGGCUAUGCUGUGAAGGACAUGGGGGAGGGGAGGGCGCACAUGAGGUGCAUAUUCACGUUGGACCUCAAGUUCCCUCCCAAGCUCGUCAACUUCAUCAUCCAGCAAUGCGGAGGGAUCGUCUACCAGUGGUUCACAGAGGAGCUCGCCAGGAUAUAUGACGACCCCUCAGGCAUUAAAGGAAAGGCGUUUCGACAGGCUCUCCACGACGAGCCCCUUUACAAUCAUGUCCGGACAGCCAUGGAGAAUUAUCGGGCUGCCCAGGCAGCUGAAAUGCAGCAACUAGAGGCCGAGCACCAGAGGAAGCAGCAGGAAUCGGCAGGCGGUCAGCAAAACGGGCAGGCAGGUGGGGAACGAAACCUUCUAGGCAGCAAGAGGAAUGACGAUGAGGAGAGGACCUUUAGAGAGCUAGGAGCAGAAGUAGAGGCCAGGAUGGAGGGCCUAGUAGCUUCUGUAUCUAGGAGGGGGAGCAGCCAUGGCAGCAGCAUCGAUGGGGAUGCGGUGGAAAUAGUAGAGAGUGGAGAGUGGGAGAGUGUGGCAACAAGAAUAGCGGCAAGGGGUGUGGGGGAUGGGGAGAUGAGGAAGCCUGAGGAACCGGAAGGGUCUCACUCGGCUCUGGGAAGAGCACUGGAAACAGGAGCAAGAGGAGCAGGAGCGGGGGCAGGAGCAGGGGGGGCCGUGGGAGCAAGGGAGGGCGCAGAAGUAGGAGCUGGUGUGACCAGCACUGCUGUAACGGCUUUGCCACAUGAAGUGCUCGUUCCUGAUUCACCGCUACAAGAUGGCACUGUACAGAAGGUUACUGUAGCGAGAGGUGCUACAGUGCAGACUUUAGAGCAGAACCAUGCACAGAAUGGCCGAUACGGGCUCAGAGCUUCAAGGGACUACGGGACGCGCAACGGGUACACCGCGAGUGCUAGCGAUCACCGCCUGUUCCGAGCCGUUGAUACUUUGGACCGUGCAAUCGCAGCCCUCCGUUUGCUCCAUCCUGCAACAGCUACAGCAGUACUAGAGGCAGCAGCCGUCCCUGCUGCUGCAGCUGGCGCACAGAACCCGGCAAGAGGAGCAGCCGCUGCAGCACCAGGGGUAGCGGAAGUGGCAGGAGAGAGAAGCAGUACCGCAUCAGGAUCAGCUGGCCUCAAUGGUGGGGACACGGAGCAGCUUGCAAGCAGCGGACAGGAAGGCAGCAGGCAGUCUGCGUCAGGCGAAGCAGAAAGAACGGGCGGCGUGGACGAUGGAGUGAACAUCCUUGGGAAAGUGCAGCAGCAGCAGCAGCAGCAGCAGAAGAAGGGGGGGUGGGGAAGGCUACGGAAAGCACUGACAAGGCUACGGAAGACGGGCUGAGGGUUGCUAGGCAUCCAUAAUAACAUUAUACGACGGUGGUAAAAUCUGGACGAAUGGUGUUAGAGAUGGCGGAAGGGGUGCCUGCUGCGCUGCUUGCUUUGCAAGACAGCGAGCAGCCUGCUGGCCUUAUUGCCUGCUUGCUUCUGCUGACUUAGAGCGCGUUCCUACGACCUCUUCUCAGGCUAGCCUCUUCCCAGACUCGUGCGCUACAUUCCAGUGUAAUUUUGGCACAAACUGGUUCAGAGCGGUUCCGCAUGGUGUGACACGAAACUGGGCUUGGCAUUGCCGAGAUCCAGUCUGGGAUGGGAAGAGGCUGGCCUGGGAAGAGGUUGUAGGAGCACCCUCGUACUCAACAGUUCCACCACCUCUAUAUCCGGGCCCCUUAAUUUAUAUAGUAACUCCAGAAGACCUCUAUAUAAGGCCCUCAGCAAGUCCUGAGCUGAUACAUAAGGUGCCUCAAAAGCAUAUUUUGGUAUGAAGUAUGU